CCUUCUCGCCGAUCCAAUCAAGUGACCCUCGGACUGUGUUUGGGUGGUUUGCUAGUUUUCACGUGAGCGCGGUUCGUCAAGGUGCGCGCUAACAGUCGAGUAAACACGGAUGUUAUUCGAAAUUAGCGUCUAAAACACUGCGCAGCCUGUGCAACAACAAAGGAAAGACACCUCAGAGUGUUUAAUGUUUAUGUAAAUAAUUUCAUGUUAAGUUUUUGAUAAGAUAUGAUAAGCGUACUGAAGAAAAAACUCGGCAGAACACAGUUUAUUUGGGACUCAAUUUGCCUUAUUUUGAAAGAAUUUACCGGAAGCCGAUGCUUAAAUAAUGGGUGCCUUGCGUGUUAGAGCUGUCACUGAUAUCAUAGUCCAGCUUUGCGUGUUUUUAUGUGGCGUACUGUGCUUUGUUCUUGGUAAAACGACCGUUUAUCAUGGUUUGCGGUAUCAGUUAGACUCGUGCAUAUGACUUAAGGGGCCAAAUGUUUGACCCUAACGUUAGCUAGCUAGCUACUCGGAGCUUUAUGGGAGAGGUGAAAGUUAGCAAGUGUCGUUCACUGACCCUCGACUACAUGGCGACCUAAAAGUACUGUUUUGCUUUUUCAAAGUCCACGGGUGGAGUCAUAAUAUCGCAGAGUUAGUGUUUUGUUAAAAGAUGUCUCAACCUGAACCCGACAACACCACCCCGCUGCUCAGGGAUGAGAGGAGCAGCAGCGAUGACUCGCAGGAUGAUGACUACAGAAGUCGGUGGAGGUCCAUCAGAGUCAUGUACUUCACUAUGUUCCUCAGUAGUGUAGGUUUCACUAUUGUCAUCACAUCACUUUGGCCCUAUUUGCAAAAGACUGAUGACAGCACUGAUGCCAGCUUCCUGGGAUGGGUGGUUGCAGCAUACAGCAUCGGACAGAUGGUGGCCUCACCCAUUUUUGGCUGGUGGUCCAAUCAUCGGCCACGCAGGGAACCACUGGUGUGUUCCAUCUCCAUUAACUUGGCAGCCAACAUCUACUAUGCCUACGCAUACCUGCCGAAGACCUAUAACAAGUAUCACAUCCUCAUGUCCAGAGUCUUUGUGGGCUUCGGAGCAGGUAACGUAGCUGUGGUGAGGUCCUAUGUUGCUGGAGCUACAUCACUGAACGAGAGGACCGGUGCCAUGGCUAACAUGAGUGCCUGCCAGGCCCUCGGUUUCAUCCUCGGGCCAGCCCUGCAGGCAUGUCUGUCCUUCAUUGGUGAGGAAGGUGUCACACUGGACUUCAUAGCGCUGAAGCUCAACAUGUACACCACCCCAGCGUUACUGGCUGCAGUGUUCGGCCUCAUCAACAUCCUGCUCGUCGUCAUUCUGCUGAGAGAGCAUCACGUUGAUGAAGAUGGAAGGCACAUUCAAUCUAUCAACUACACAUCAGAAGAGAGAGUUGAUAUAUCAGAAGAAACUGUUGAAAGCAUCGAUCAGGUGGCUGUCAUGACAUCCAACAUCCUGUUCUUCAUCAUCAUGUUCAUCUUUGCUAUCUUUGAGACAAUUACCACGCCCCUAUCUAUGGACAUGUUUGCCUGGACAAGGGAAGAAGCUGUGCUGUACAACGGGAUCAUUCUCUGCUGCAUCGGAUUUGUAUCAAUCUUGGUGUUUCUGGCUGUAAAAGUGGCUGCUCUUAGAUUCGGAGAUCGGCCUGUGUUGUUAAUCGGCUUGGUCAUUAUUUUCUGUGGCUUCUUUAUUCUUCUCCCAUGGGGAAACCAUUAUCCUAAAAUCCAGUGGGCAGACAUAAAAAACAACUCCUUUGUGACUCAGAUGCCUGACCUCGUGCCAGCCCCGAACAGUACUGUGGAGCCAACGGGGUGUCCCAUCGAACAAACCUGGUGCCAGUAUACUCCUGCUAUACACAUAGCUCAGUUCUUCUCAGCGGACUUCCUCAUUGGAGUGGGAUACCCAGCCUGCAAUGUGAUGUCCUACACACUGUAUUCCAAAAUCCUUGGACCCAAACCUCAGGGUGUGUACAUGGGCUGGCUGACGGCGUCGGGCAGCGGGGCACGGACACUCGGCCCGGUCUUCGUCUCCCAUGUCUACACCCACCUGGGACCUCGCUGGACCUUCAGCCUCAUCUGCGGCAUGGUGGCAGGAGCAAUCAUCCUCCUCAUCUCGGCCUACCGCAGACUCAUUGCCUUUUCUGUUCGCCAUGGAAGGAUUGUAGAGUAGCACUGAUGGAAACCGAUCGCCGUUUGUUAUACUUGCUUUCAGCACGUAAGUCCUGGCCAUCAUGACAUUCUGUCGCUGCCACUUUGAAAAGUGGGGACGGAUAAACUUUUAAAAGUUUGUAACUCAGGGUUUUGACUUUUUAACUCUUGCAAAGACAGUUUUUUCAUAACAUGAUCGAAGACCGCUGCUUCAUGAUUUAUAAAGGAGCUAAAACUGCAGUGAACGCGCAGCUCACUUGUUGGGAAAGAAAACAUGACAGAAGUGUGUCUUUGAGUGAUGAACAUAAUUACACAUGCAUUACAUCGUAGAACAUUACAUUUGACAAUUUUAACAUUUCCUGCUAAACUCUUUUUCUUAAUGGAAAAAAAUACUGAUAUUAUUUUUCCUUCUGUUAAUGGCUUAACCUGUAGUUGUUUAAAACUGCAGGUUUUUGUCUAUUGGAAAAUAUUCAGAAAUGUCUGGGUGGGUGCGGGUGUGUAUGGUAACAAUAAACUGAUUAAUAAAUAAACUGUUUAAGAUUUUUAUCUAACCCUGUGCUGGCAGUAUUUAGUGUGUAUAUCUUAUGAUGAGGUGGGCUUCUUUAUAUCAGACAAUGUAUUAUGUGUAGCCUAACAUUGUUGCUCCUCAGAGAAGGCUUAAGCAGCUGUGCACUUUAAAUUGUUAAAGAAAAACCAU